AAAGCAUUCGUCACUGUUUCAAUUGAAAAAAACUACGAGUGCUAACACUUUUUCCACACUUCUCUGAAUUCCCACUGAAUGCUUGCCUGUUUUCUUUCAGUUCAAAACGAUUUCUGUCUAGUGAUUUUCUUACGACUGCGGUCGGUUGUCGCUAGUAUAUGUUUGUUGCUUGCUAGCUGGUCUUUCUCUUCUCAUACGAAAACAACAACAACAAUACGCACAUACACAUUCAUGCACGCCGUUGCCGCACUCAACCAGAAUUAUCGGCUUCACUUUGUUGUGUUUUCGACAUUUGUUGCCAGUCGAUAGUAAGCCGCCGAUGACGUCGGUUUGGUGAGAGAGAAUAAAGAAAUAAUAAUAAAAAUAAUAAAUAGAAAUUAUUAUUAUUAAAAAAUAAAGAAAAAAGUUGAUUUUGUAUAUUAUUUUUGAGUUUUAAAAAUAUAUUCUAAUAGUGGCUAACAGUGAACAACAAAUAAACAUUUUUAUUUAAAGACGGAUGCAAGAAAAUAAUAAACAAAUUCUUGGUGUCUUAGAAAGAAAAAUUAAAAGAAAUUUCCGUGUCAAAAUAAUUAAAUAUACUACAUAUUAAGUUUUUUAAUGAAACACAUGAUUAAAAUAAAAGUGAUAUAAAUUUUUAUUGAAUGACAAACACUGGACAACAACAAACAGCAAUAACUUUAUGUUGAUUUGCAUUUCUAUUGCAUCUACUUACUAUCUGUGGUCUUCCCUCUAAAAAUAAACUACUAAAUAUCGUAGAUUUAUAGUAUAACAGUUAAAAAUUGGAUGAAAAUAAAGAGCAGCAAGCAACAACAACAAUACAUAUUAUGAAUUUGUUGUUUUUGGUAUGAUAAACAUCAAUUAACACGAAUCAACAACAUUUGACAGAUAACGUUAAAGUUUAAAUAAAUAAAAAAGCAUAAACACACAUUCUCGUUUAAAGUGUCAGUGCUGAGAGUUUUGUUUUUUUAUAUUUAUUUAUAAGUUAAGCAACAAAAUAAUAAAUACAAACUACAUAAACGAAAAAAAGAAGAAAAUACCUACUUAUUUUAUUUUCUAUGGAAUGAUAAACGGAAAUACCAAAGUAACAACAGCAAUAAUCAGGCAGCCACAACAAAUCUACAAAAUAAACACGAAUCCAAGCAAGCAAACAAACUAAAUAAAGUAAAAUUAAAUAAAAUAAAAAUAUAAAGGCAUCAAGAGAAGAGUAAAAAGAAACAAAAACAAAAAAAUACACUUCAAAACAAAUACAAAGGGCAAAUUGCAUUGCACAGAGAGCAAGAAAGCGUACAAGAUAAUAAAGCGAAUGAAUAAACCUCUACUAAGAAGACUUAAUAGAAAAGAAACAAAGAAAAAUAUAUGAAAAAAAGUUAAAAAAAAAUACUAAAAACAAAAACAGACGGAAGUAAUAAUAUUUACACAACAGAGAAGUAAUAAACAAUCACACAAACGUACAUACACACGAGAACAACACAACACACAACUCUCAGUGCAUUUAAUGAAAAAGAACACACUAUAAAAGAGUCAAACCAAAAACAGCAACAACAACAAAAAGGAAACCUAAAGUGUAAGCAAGCAAAACACUAAAAAUAAUAAAAUAACAACAAUAAAAAACUAAGGCAUUUAAAGAAGAAGAAGCAGCAGCAAGAAAUAAACUCUUUUUUUACACUCUCAUGCUCAAUGCACUUCAAAUUCAAAAAUUCAUAACAAAGUACUAAAGAGGAAACAAGAAUGCUGAGUGGACAUUAAACAAAAUCAGCUAAAUAGUAAUAAUAAAUGAAAACAGUUUAAUACAAAUUUAUAAAGCUGCAAAAGUAUUUCUAUUAUAUUUUACUCGCGAGCUGUAAAAUUUCAAACCGGAACUUUUUCUCGUUUCUAAAACACAUUUCGCACAGCCCCCGCCACCUUUAGUUGUUAAGACGAAAGUUAACUUAGAAAGGCUGGCCUGGAUCACCUGGAAGUGAUUUUAUAUUACAGCAUUUGUUGCAUUUGAAUUAUCGCAUCGUUUGUUAGUUCUGUUCCUUCCAUUUCCGUAUUGUUUGGCUGUAUCACUUGCAAACCUGUGACAGUUCUUGCUGAAUGAUCGCAUACUAAAGCGUGUUUAAUUUUGAAAAAGGCAGUAAACAUUAUCGAUAUCGUGUUUUGUGAUUGUCUUGUUAUAUUUCUAUAAAUAUAUAGAUGUGGUCGUUAUUACAGCAAGAAGGAAAUAGAUAUUUUUAAAUUUGUUAAACGUAAUUCAAAAUGAAAAUGCUUCCGGUACAAUUAUCGUUGAAUCCGCCACUGGGUCUGUGGAGUGAUAUGUUGUGGCGUUGUCCUCCAGCACCGCCUAGUCAAUUGGCCGAACUUAAGACACAGUUACCGCCCUCUUUACCCUCAGAUCCCCGGCUUUGGAGUCGUGAAGAUGUGGCGGUGUUUUUGCAUUUUUGUGAGCGUGAAUUUGACCUGCCAAAAGUUGAUUAUGAUCUCUUUCAAAUGAACGGCAAAGCGUUGUGCUUGCUCACACGUGCCGAUUUUGGUCACCGCUGUCCCGGUGCCGGAGAUGUUCUACACAAUGUUCUGCAAAUGUUAGUGAUUGAGUCACACAUGAUGCAGUGGCAUUUACCCAACAGCCCCGUGACUCCCACUAGUCGCUAUCCCUUGUCGCCGCACAGUCAUCCACCCACUCCAACUUGGCCCCCCAUUGGGCCGCCAGAAAGUGCCUUUCAUCAAACCUCACAUUUAACACCACACCAUUUUAUGACACCGAAUUCGGUGACAUUAAGUCCCCCGCCUUCAGUAGACUCACAAGCCAGUAGCCCGCCUCAAAAUCAGGACCAGCAAAAUGGUUCUGCCACGCAAUCUAAUAGCAGUAGUAGCAGCAGUAGCAGUUCUAGUAGUACUCACAGUUCUUCGUCAGCCGCAGCGGCAGGUGCCGCAGCAUUAAUGAACCCCAACGCUUUCAGUGUGCUUAAAAAUAAUGGCCAUAACGCCAGUGGCGGCCAUCACUCAGACUCAGAAGAGGAAAGUUAUUCAGAGCCACCCACAGCCAACAGCACAAUUGUUAAUUACUCCAAUCACAAUUAUAACGCCAAUGCAGCAGCUGUAGCUCAAUACAACAACAGUCCGCCAACAACACCCAUCUUGAAAGACAUGCCGCAAAGUCUUAAGCAACAAAUCAAAAAUACAUUUGUUAAUUCGUGGUCUCAGCAGCAACAGCAGCAGCAACAACAACAGCACCAGCAGCAGCAACAAAUGGCUCUGGAACAGAAACUGCCACAGAGUGGUUCGGUGUCAGCACCCACUACACCCAGUUAUGUGCAGCCCGUUAAGAGGGAGUUUUUCCCAGAUAAAACUGACAAUCGUUAUAUGCAACCAGUUAAACGAGAAUUCUUCCCCGAAAACACUGAACCCAAUACAAAUGGCCGUUUAUUGUGGGACUUUCUGCAGCAAUUAUUGAAUGACCGCAAUCAAAAAUAUAGUGAUUUGAUUGCAUGGAAAUGUCGUGACACUGGAGUUUUCAAAAUCGUUGAUCCAGCAGGCCUGGCCAAAUUGUGGGGCAUACAAAAGAAUCAUUUAUCGAUGAACUAUGACAAAAUGUCACGUGCCCUACGCUAUUACUAUAGAGUUAAUAUUUUACGCAAGGUCCAGGGCGAACGUCAUUGUUAUCAAUUCUUGCGCAAUCCCACUGAAUUGAAAAAUAUUAAAAACAUUUCCUUACUACGUCAAUCCGUUAAUCAGAAUAAUGCCAAUAAUUCCAAUAAUGCAAACAACAACAAUAGCAACAAUCUUGCUGGCAAUCAAACAAAUGCAUCUGCUAUCACAGCAUCGCCGUCUGCUAAUGGUACAAAUUGGGCCAUGCCGGUGCAACAUCCGGGAAGUGCCCAACAACAGCAGCAACAACAACAAGCUCCCCAACGCCAAACGUCAUCACAGGGCAAUAAUAGUAAUCACUUAACCUUGCCUAAUGGGAUUUCGUCGGCCGCUGCUGCUGUAGCAGCUGCAGCUGCUGCGGCCUAUGGUCCCCCGCCUUCUUCGCCACUAUUUAUGCAUGCCAUAAAUGGUGCCUUCCAUUACCUGUCUUCCAAUGGUGUACCACCAAAUUCACCCGCAGCUUUACCCACAACGCCAAAUGAUAAAUUCCAAUUUAAUGUGGUCAAGCCCGAACAAAAUCAAACAUCCCCACAAAGCAAUAACACAGCUGAGGAUAUGAAACCCACAGACUUGAGUGUCUCUGGUAGUAAUGGUAAUAAUGAGAAAAGACCUUAUUCCAGUCCUUCAGCUAAUGAUGAUUGUUUUCCAUUGAUACGCAAUGCUGAUGGCCUAACCACGAUAAAGCUGAUACGUUACAAUGAUAACGAGGGAGUGGGAAAUCCAUCUGCAAUUGCUAACGAUGCUAAUGAUAAUUCACAGCAGCAAAAAUGCAAUACCCCUACCCCCAUGGAUAGUGAAUCAAGUGAAAUGGAUUCAAGUCCUUCGCAUGAUAACAUGGGAGCAACCGAUUUAAGAAAGUAAAUCAAUUUUGUUUCAAUUUUUAACCUUUUAUGUUUCAGAACGACAAUCAUAUACAUACAUACAAAUGUAUACACAGUAAUAUUUUCAUAAUCACCAGCUACAUGUGGCAACCAAACAAAUGCAUUCAUUUCAUAUAGUAACGUCGUUAAAAUAACAAAAAGUCUUGGGUGUAAUUUGCAUUUUCCUCCAAUUUCUUAACACAUUAUUUUGGGAUUUGUUCCACUGGUUUCAAAUUGUUUUCUAUUCGGUUUUUUUUAAAUUUGUUAACAAAACACUUGGGACUUUUUGUUGUCGCAUCGAUGGGUAUGUAUGUUUGUAAAAAAUAAACAAAAAGUUGCAUAAUUUAGUACCUCAUUAUUAUUAAAAGAUGAAAUUUGUAUGUUCAAAGUUCUAUCUAUGUAUCUAUCUAUUUAGCAAUUUGCCUAACUUAGCAUAAUUGUAAUUUAUUUUUUAAUUACAAUCAUUUGUUUUUUGUCGAAAUGAGGUUUUAAAUCAAACAAAUUUAUACAAAUAUUUAAGAUUGUUAGUAGUAAAUUAAGAAAUGUGCCAAUUUAUUUUUCAUUUAUCAUUUAAUUUCAUUAAACAAAAAAAAAAAACACAAUUAUGUAGUAGUUUAACAGAAGAAACACCAGUUGAUUCUAGGUGUAAAAAAUGAAAUUAUGAAAAUAUGUAUAGUAUUUAAGUUAAGCCAAUUUUCUUAGCACAUCCAAUUCUUUUAUUUUAUAUUUUUUAUUAUCAUUGUUUUUUUUAAAUAAAUAUUUAAACAUUGUUUUCCUUAAUUUAAUCUCUGUUAAAUGGGGUUCUUUAAGUGCCACCAUCCAUUUCUAUUGGCAUUUUGAAAAAAAAGUAUCUUAAUUAAUUAAACAAAACAAAAGAAAAGAAGUAACAACUCAUAUUUAUUAGUUAAAAGAAAAACACAAAACAAAAAAGCUUUUUUUUAUUUAACAGCUUUAACAAAUUUAAAAUUUUUUUAAAAAUUUAUUUACAUUAAAAAUUAAAUAAUUGCAAACGAAUGUGAUAGCAAAAAUUUAAAUAAAAUUGAAAAAUUAAAAUAAGUAUACAUACACACAGAAACAAAUACAUAAUAUUAAAAAACACAAUUGAAUGAAUAUCUUUAAAACAAAAAUUAAAUAAACAAUAUUUUUUAUUAUUGUCCUAAAGAUUAAUUUCUUUAUUUUUUUGCCUCUUAACAGCUUAAAUGGCAUCACUUAAAAUCAUUUUAAUUCUACACUCUCUUUUUUUAAACAAUUUUCAAUUUCAAUUAAAACGCAUGAAAUGCUUUUAAAGCUUAAUAUAACACAGAGAGGAGAGUAGUUUUUAAAAUGUUUUUGUUGUAUGGCCCAACAGUUUUGUUUUCAGGCUCUACAUCAUAUUGCAGUUUGUUGCUAAGCUUAGCUUCGGCGAAAUGAAGAUAUUUUGUUAUAAAUGUAAUUUAUUGUUUCAAUUUUUUUUUAUUGUUAAUCUAAUCCCCCUUGGCUUCCACAGAACAUUCGUUCUUUAUAUACAAAAAAACAAACAAAAAAUUAAAUUUAUUUCUUUUAUAUAUUAAUAUUAAGUUUAGCAAAAACAAAACAGAAAAAUAUAAAAUUUAAAUAUACAAAUAUUGCUUUAAUUUCAUACAUAUAAUAUAAUUUUUAUUAUAAUAUACAAUAAUUACUUAAACGUAUUUAUAUUACAACAAAAAUACCAUUUGCAUAUGUAUUUUUUGUAUUUUUAUUAUAUUCUUCUUUUGUUUAUAAAUACUAUAUUUAAAUUUCUUUUAUAUAUUACAUAUAUAUAUAUAUACAAAACAACAACUAGAAAUAGUAAUUAAAUGUGUAAAUACAAAACAAGUAGUUUUAAAAUCUUUAUAUACAAUACCGUAAAUAAUGUAUAUUUUAUUAAUACAACACAAUUUUUACACUUAGUCUUAAAUAAUAAUAAUAAAAAAAAGAAAAAACAAAAAUAAGAUAAAAAAAAUAUUUAUAUUUACAUACUUUCAUAUACAAUAGAAUUCAUCUAUUUACAAUUUACACAAGACUUAAAAAAAAAUCUUUUUCUUUCAAAAUGUUUGCUUUAAUUUUAAUAGCUCAUAACCUGUAUUAUUAAAACAAAAAUGAACAAGUUACAAAGGAUUAAUAAAGAAUACAUUAUGAAGUAAGUAGUCGAAAAUACUGAAA